CACGGGGUUAAAGCAUUACUCUCUGCAGUCGCCCUGAAGGACUGCCACCAUUUGGCUCAGCAGCUCCGUCCCCUUUCCUUUUCCUGCCAGCCCCGAGAAUUUCACUUUCACUUCUCAGCCAGUUCCUCAGGAGGAACGACUUCAUGCAGACUGAGCCCCUGGUUGGAGAAUGAACCCUGACCAGAACUGCCCCGUCUUUUCCUCACCACUUACACCAGGAGUCAAGACAUCUCCGCUGGGACCUGAAGGUUCUUGGUGUUUCUCAGCAUCGGUUGGAUAUUGAACAGAAUAAAAGAUAACAGAGAAGUGCACACCUGUGGUUGGCUCAGAUCUUCCAUUGUAAGCACGGGAAUCUUUAAACAAGAAGACCCUCGGGAAGAAACCAGGGGAGCAGCUGCCAUGGCUUUAAAAUUCCUGGUGAACAUGAAGGAGAAGGUGACUUGUGCCAUCUGCCUGGAACUUUUGACAGAACCCCUGAGUCUAACCUGUGGCCACAGCUUCUGCCAAGCCUGCAUCACUGACAACAAGGCGUCAGAGAUCAGCCCAGGAGGGGAAAGCAGCUGUCCUGUGUGUGGUGUCAGAUACUCAUUUGGAAACCUAUGGCUUAAUCAGCAUCUAGCCAACAUAGUGGAGAGGGUCAAAGAGGUCAAGUUAAGCCCAGAGGAAGGGCAGAAGAAAGAUCUCUGUUUGAGCCAUGGAGAGAGACUCCGACUCUUUUGUAAAGAGGAUAGGAAGGCUAUUUGUCAGCUCUGUGAGUGGUCCCGGGAGCACUGUGGUCAUCAGAUAUUCCUCAUGGAGGAGGUAGUCAAGGAAUGCCAGGAAAAGCUCCAGGCCUCUCUGGACAGGCUAAGGAAGGAGCGUCAGGAAGCUGAGAAGUUGGGCAGUGACAUCAGAGAAGAGAGAACUUCCUGGAAGAAUCUGAUACAGGCUGAGAAACAAAGGAUACACACAGAAUUUAAUCAGCUUAGAAGCAUCCUGGACAGUGAAGAGCAAAGAGAACUGCAGAAAUUGGAGGAAGAGGAGAUGAAGACCCUGCAUGACUUAGCUAAGGCUGAGAAUGAACUGGUUCAGCAGAGCCAGUUGCUAAAAGAGCUCAUCUCAGAUCUGGAGCGUCGCAGUGAAUGGUCAGCCAUGGAGCUGCUGCAGGAUACGAGUGGAAUCAUGAAAUGGAGUGAGGUGUGGACAUUGAAGAAGCCAAAAACUAUUUCCAAAAAACUGAAGCAUGGAUUCCAUGCUCCAGAUCUGAGUGGAAUGCUGCACAUGUUUAAAGAGCUAACACAUGUCCAGCGCUACUGGGUGGACAUGACAUUUAACCCAUUCAACUUAAAUUUGAAUCUCAACCUUUCAGAGGAUCACAGACAGUUGGCAUCUGUGCCAAUUUGGCCUAUAAAGUAUUAUAAUUAUGGUGUCUUAGGCUCCCAAUAUUUCUCAUCAGGAAAACACUACUGGGAAAUAGAUGUGUCCAAGAAGACUGCCUGGAUCCUGGGGGUAUACUGUAGAAAACGUUCCUGUAAUAAAAAAUUUAGUGUUAGACGAGGCACAAAUUAUCCAAAUGCUUACUCCAGAUUCAGACCUGAAAAUGGCUACUGGGUUGUAAGGUUACAGAAUGAAUGUGAGUACAAUGCCUUUGAGGACGCUUCCACCUCUGAUCCCAAGGUCUUGACUCUUUCUAUGGCUGUUCCUCCCCGCCGAGUUGGCAUUUUCCUAGACUAUGAAGCAAACACUGUCUCAUUUUUUAAUGUCACGAACCAUGGGUCACUCAUCUACAAGUUCUCUAAAUGUCACUUUUCUCAGACUGUUUAUCCCUAUUUCAAUCCUUGGAACUGCCCAGCUCCCAUGACUCUGUGCCCACCGAGCUCCUGAACAUUCUCCCUCCCUCACUCACUUCUGUGUAGUGAACCUUGUCCUGGGGCUCGUCUCCUUCACCUGAGCUGAUCUCUACAUUCAAACCUUCUCUUCCUUGUUGUCUCUCUUCUUUAGAACAUUUUCCUGUUCUUGGGAUUUGCAACUCUUUCUGGAUUAAGUUAGAAGAGAAUCUUAUUUACCCAGUUACCCUAUUCUGUAUUCUCAGUGACAGACAUGGAAUCCCUCUUAAAGACAGAGCAAUAUUGGUGUAACAUCUCUGCCCUGAUAUUUCUCCAUAUUUUCCUUUAUCAAUGAUUUUGAGAGGUAUGGCAAAAUCUGUCUGAAACCAUGCAUGACCUUAGGAUAAUCCAUAAUCACCCCACCCACCAAAAACUAAGGAGUAUUUGAGUGCAUGCCUGUUUGUUGCACAGCAUACAGCAGUGUCAUCAGGCAGUUGAGAAAAAAACAAAAACAAAUGUUAUAUAUGUACCCAGAGUACAAAAUUUAUGUUCAGAGUGUUUGAUUUUAAAUAUCUUCUCUUACAUGGUGUGUAGUAAUGAAUACAUUUUUGUUUCUUUUUAUAAAACACAAAUUGUAAUUUUUAAACUGUACCCAACUCUUAAGAUUGUUGUAUGAAACUGUCAUUCAAUGUAAAGUACCUAUUUAAGAGUCCUGCAUGAUAUAAUAAAUAUUUCUCUCCUGAUCACAGAAAUGUAUAAGCUGUGUUAGUGUCCUGUGCAAUGGAUGUGUGCCCUUCAGAGGAGUAGAAAAUAGAAAAUGAUCCUACCCCUGGUUUGGAUCAUGCUGGUGUCAUAAAACAGGGGUAGAUAUUAAAUGAGAUCUACGCUGAUACAAUAUCUAUAUCUGAUCUUGCUGUUCAUCAGAACCUGAUCUGGACCACAGUCUCUGUGGCCAGUUCUAACUGCAUAUGGCCUCUGGGCUGUUUUCAGUAUCUGGACCACUAGCUGGAAUACACUUGUGUUCUCCUUCAGUCUCAUUCCUUAUCAGUCUCCCUUCAUGUAUGAUGAACAUGGCAUUAGUAGACAGUGUUAGCGGGUCUAAAUUCAUCUCCAUGCAACCUUUAUGUUUUAUUAUUGCUGUAUUUUUCUAGUUGUGCUAUGGCUUAAGUCUUUGUUAUGACUUUGAUAUUUCUUACAGAUUAUUGAGGACAUGUCCAUAAUUUUCAAAUUGGAUAAUUUCUAUUAAUCUACUUUUAAUUCUAGUUAGUCUUUAUGUUGUGAUUCCAAAUAUUUUAUAAUCCAAACCUGUAUUUGUUUUCUGACUGAUUGUAGUUUUAGUAUUUGAAUUAAAAACAAAAACUAUUUCUAUUUGAUUUCUGACAAUUUGGUGAUGAUUAUAAGUAUAUUUUCUUCUACAUCUUUCACCCCAGAAAUAAUAGCUGCUAUGAAGUCUUUGUUUACUAAAUACAACAUCUGGCUUAUUUCAGAGUUGGACUCCAUUGAUCGCCUUUUCUAUUGAAUAUGGGCCACGUCCUUUACUUUUUUGUAUGUUGAAUAAUUUUAGAUUGCAUCUAAAACUCCCUCAGGGAAAUUGUGAAAGAGGUA